UGGUGCUAUCGUACAUUCAAUAAUUAUUUUAAUUAAUAUUUAAAAACAAAUGUAAGAUAUCUCGACAACGCUAACCAUGUGAAUCAUUAAAUUAUUAAUUAAAACAAAAUUUCCCAUGCGACAUGAGAGUUUUGUAUUAAUUAUCAGCGACACGACGCGAGUAAUGAAUAAUUUAAGUCUUCAUGCAUUGCUGUUCGACGUCACACAAACAAAUAAACGCGUUUGUGCACCCUUGAAAAAAAUAAACGCUUUUGUGCAGACUUGAAAAGUGGACUGAUGGUAUAUACAUGGUUCUUUAUAUCGGAUUAUAAUCAUGACGAUUACUUGGAAAACGUUAAACUAUUUAUCAUUGCUGGUUCUGGUCAAUGGUACGUCUGUGUGUGAGCCAAAAACAACUCUGAACAUUGGAGUAAUUUCAAACGGAAGCGGCAUUGUUAAGACGGAUAUAAUUUGCAACUUUACCUACAAUGUAACCAUCAACUGGCACUAUAUUGACACCACAGAAGUCUUUCAAAUCCACAAAUCUGUAGAGAUAAUGGACAGCGAUGAAACUGUGGAUGUUAUUCUGCUAUUUGACUACGCUCCGACAACACUGGAGAUAAAGGGGCUGUACGAAACAAAAAACAAAGAACUCAUCAAGUGGGGAGAGCGACUUGAAACUCCGGUUCCGAAUACAUCAACAGCAAACGAGCCUACGAAUCUCUGUGGAGACGAAUACAUUCCAGACCUAAUGUUUGGUGAUCCGUAUUGCAAAAUGGACUUGAAUUACAGCGUUUAUAAUGGGGCUGGUCCUGGUGACCCGUUGAAAAAGUCUGUAACCAUGGCAGCUCCUAAAGCUUUGUCAUCCUUUGUCAAGCAUUUGCAGUGGAAAACUGUGCUAUUGCUUCAUAACAACCAAACAGAACUUGAGGCCUCUCACACGAUGGAACAUUUAUCUGACAAUGGCGUCAUGUUUGCUGUUUUCAAUGUUGAUCACGUGACUGACUUGUACGAGCUCCUACACAUGGCUUAUCAGCAAACCGUGCCAAAAACCCACACGUUAAACAUUGUGGUGCUCUGUCCGUUUAUAUGUGCUAGGAAACUGCUGCGAACGGCUAAUCAGUUCGAUUCCGUCAUUUCAAGGAGGAAAACACUAAUGAGACAAUUUUCUCGCUGGCUUGUGGCGGUAUAUGGACACUCAGUCGGUGUAUCACGUGCUCUUCAGGCAUGCGCAAACGACCUAGAUAAUGUCGCUAUUCUGGCUGUUCCGGAAAUCAUCGGAGACAUGACGGAUUUCCGAGACAUUAUGGUCAAUAUUAUUCUUGAUGAAUAUCGAAGCGAGAUUUCCGGGACAAACAUUGGAACAACGCACAAGGAAAAUUUGAUUGCAAUGCUGAAACAGGAAGCAUCCACUUGGAGCCCAGUAUCUAAAUGCCAGGGUUUCUACAUUGACACACUCAUAUGGACAGACAAGGGGCGACAGUUUAGCUCCGCCGGCUUCAUGGAUCUAUCUGGAAACACUGUUAUCAAGGCGGAUAUAUUUCCCAACACUAAAUAUGGAUACAACAAGAGACAAUUUCUUGUUGCAACUCUUCCGUAUCCACCAUUCGUUUGGAGAAAAGAAUUGAACGGUACGACAUACUACGAAGGGUUUUGUAUUGACCUUCUAGACCAGCUGGCACACACGCUGAAUUUUACAUACACCAUAACAGAACCAGCAGACCAGGCGUGGGGCGGCUGGCUGGACAAGGAGAAAGGUCUCUUUAACGGCUUGGUCGGCAUGCUGCAAAGGGAGGAAGUUGACCUGACAGUCGGUCCGUUGUCUCAGCAAGCAGAGCGAGAGAAAGCAAUUGACUUUUCCUACCCGUUCUUCUAUGAGUACACCACAGUUCUGUUCAAAAAGCCGGACCCUAAUGCAAGAAAAUGGAGAACUCUGGUAGACCCUUUUAAAUGGCAGGUUCUGCUUUGCAUAAUAAUUGCUUUGCCAUGUGUGACCACAAUAACAUUUUUGAUGGAAAAAUACAACCCUUACUAUUACGAACUGGCUCAUGCGCAAGAAAGAGAUCGAAAUGGUGGACUUCACACUUGGCACAAUGCCUUUUGGUAUAUGUAUGGAGCAUUGCUGUGCCAAGGUGGUGUACAUUUACCGGACUCUCACGCGGGUCGUACAAUCGUUAGCUCCUGGUGGCUUUUCUGCAUCGUUGUUGUUGGCAUUUAUUCAGGAAAUCUGAUCGCCUUUCUAACUGUCACAAAGGAGUCUCCACCAUUUACCACACUUGAAGAACUUGUGAAGUUAAAAGGGACUUACAAGUGGGGAACACUUGGUGGCACUCAUUGGGAAAAUUUGUUCACUUCAUCCCAUACUGAACCGUACAAGUCUAUUGGCGAUGGGUUGCGAGAGUUCAACAGGACAGAUCCAACAAUUCUGCACCCAAGCGCAGAGUUUCAUGUUCAACGUGUGCUUGUAGAUGAACAUUAUGCAUGGAUAGGAGACAAAACUGCAGUCGAGAUGGCAACAGCGAAUGAGUGUCAAUUGUCUUCCUUAUUAGAAGAAUCUGUGCUUCUAAAAUAUGCAAUAGGAUUGCAAGACCGUUCUCCACAUAAUGCCAUUAUUUCAAGAGAAAUGAUGCAAAUACAUGAGGGUGGCCUAUUGCAAAUUUGGAAAAGAAGAUGGUGGCCAAAGGCAAACUUUUGCGCCAAGCAAAUUACUACAGAAGAAAAUCCCAUUGCUAUCGCUGACGUUCAGAGCGCAUUCUAUGUCUGUGUGAUUGGAAUUUUCAUUGGAACAGUCGCUUUUGUGAUGGAAAUAUGUAUCGACAAAUACAGAAAGUGCAAAGAAAAAACUCCUAGAACACCUAACCUCCCAAAGAAUGUUACUUGUGCUGUUCUAACUGUUACAAGUAAUUCCAGGAGAGAGACACAUAUUGGUGAAUCAACGGAGAGAAAUGGUUCAAUGUAUAAUAAUCAUGUCAACAACGGAACAUUGUCUUAAAUUUCUACUGAUUUAGUAUCAAGGUAACAACUAUGAAUAACUGGGUUUGAUGCGUUUGGUUGUGUAGAUCAUUUAGUUCCUGUUGAAUAUCAUAGUCAUCAUAUAUAUACGUUGUGAGAAAAUCGCAACAGUUGAAAAGAAAAUUGGCGACGUAAAUCAUGCAAUCUUUACCAGUGUUUUAAGUUUGGACAAAUUCAUGUAAUCAAUACAUGGUUGUAAACACGGUUACGACCUCGUACUGCAAAUGAAGCUUUGUACUUAAAACUGCUAAAUGGGAAAGUUAUCAAUAAUUGAGUGAACAACGGGUAACAUUAUUCCGUGUUUGGUGUUUUUAUUGCAUUUUGUAAUAGAUAAUACAUAUAAAGUUUAAUAUCAGGGAUCCCAUUCAUAAAGACUGUAAGUGAAAAAUCGAACUUAGUGAAAAAUGCUUUUCUAAGCAGAAUGUGUAGAAAACUUUUAUGCUUACACCAAAGCAUGAAAGUAAGAAAGAACAGUAUCCAAAUAAUAAAGGCAUCUGAAUAAAGCUGAUGAAGAAUGGAGGAAAUUAAAAAUAUUCCGUGAUAAAAAUUCGAAAAAACUCAAAAAGUUCACUAAGAAACUUUAUGAAUUCGGCCCCAGGUUUUGAAAAAGUAUCCUGUAAACAAAUAAGUAAAGAACGCGUUCUAUAUAUCUGAACAAGGAAUAAGCAAAAAGAACGCAUGCAGAAAUAAGUUAUGACUUAAAGCCAGCUUAAUGCAAAACCUUGUAUUGUUUUGU